AUGUUACAGUGCACUGGUCUUAUUGACGCGUGCUACUACGCCCUUGUGUUCCCGCGUCCCUCUCGUUCUGCAGGCUUCGUUAGUAUCAACUGCGGAUACACGGGUCCCCCGUUUGUGGACAAACUCACUGGAAUAAGGUGGCAGCCGGAUCAAUACUACAGCACAGGAGUACCCGGCACUGCCCCCCCUCCCAAGGGCAAGCAAUGGGGGCCGUAUGACGCGGACGCGACCAUGCGAGUCUUUACAGAGUACCCCGUUAACUGUUAUAACAUCCCGGUGGCCAAGCCUGGGAGGUAUUUGCUGCGGCUGGUGAUGUACUAUGGGAACUAUGACAAGGCCAAGAGCCCGCCCGCGUUCAACGUCUCCUUUGGGAUCUCGUUCGCGGCGACGGUGGUGCUGACUCUGAAGGAGAGGGUGGUCUCAGAGAUCAUUGGUCAAGUGGACUCAACAGAGCUCGAGGUGUGCUUCGUGAGCAUCUAUGGCAAGCCUCUGGUGAACGCGCUGGAGCUGAGGCCGCUGCCCGCAGCGACUCCCUCAGUCACCUCUCUAUUCUUUCUGACCUUCCCUCCCCCCUCUCCCCAGGUGUGCUUCGUGAGCAUCUACGGCAAGCCACUGGUGUGCUUCGUGAGCAUCUACGGCAAGCCGCUGGUGAACGCGUUGGAGCUGAGGGCCCCCCCAACGUCUCCCUCAGUCACGUCCCUUACCUUUCUGACCUUCCCUCCCCCCUCUCCCCAGGUGUGCUUCGUGAGCAUCUACGGCAAGCCGCUGGUGAACGCGCUGGAGCUGAGGCCGCUGCCCCCGGCGUCAUACGUGUCGCUGCCCGACCCCUCCGGAGUCAUGCUGCUCUGGUGGCGCCUCUUCAGUGCCAACGACUCGCUCACCAACCGCAUGCUGCGACGGUGUGAUGGCCACCAGUGGGGGCGCCGCCUCAUGUUUGACUGCCACCUCUCACCUAUCCACCCCUCUCCUCCCUUCUUCACCCCUGCAGCUACCCCUACGACCCCUUGGAUCGCAUCUGGGAUGCAGACGGUCUACCCGUACGACCCCUUGGAUCGCAUCUGGGAUGCAGACGGUGUGAUGGCCACCAGUGGGAGCGCGGCCUCGUCCACCCUCAUGUUUGACUACUCUUUCUCACCUCUCCACCCCUCUCCACCCCUCUCCCCCCUUGUCCACCCCUGCAGCUACCCCUACGACCCAUUGGAUCGCAUCCGGGAUGCAGAUGGCGUGAUGACCACCAGUGGGGGCGCUCCCUCCUCCACCCUCAUGUUUGACUACUCUCUCACCCCUCCACCCGUCUCCACCCCUCUCCGCCUCUCUCCACCCCUUUCCACCCUUCCAGAUCGCAUCUGGGAUGCAGACGGUGUGAUGGCCACCAGUGGGGGCGCUGCCUCGUCCACCCUCAUGUUCGACUAUUCUCUCGACUCCUACGUUUUUGGCACACCGAUUAACGUUAAGCCGGCUAUAGGGGCUAGAGCCGCGGCUGCAGCUACUUCUGCUGCGAUUGGCACUGGGGAUUCGGGCCGAACAGUGGUGGGGGAGAGUGCGUCAGUAGAAGCAGAGGAAUCGGCGCAAGCGGCGGCAACAGCAGCAGCAGCAGCAGCAGCAGCAGCAGCAGCAGCAGCAGCAGGGACAGCAGGAGCAGCAGUGGUAGGCCAAGGGACAGCAGAAGCGCUAGCACCGGGAGAAGCAAGUUCAGCAGUGGUUGCAGCAGCAUCAGAGCAAGCAAUCACAGGGAACGGCACAACCAACGCUGCCCCUGCCUUUCUACAGCUCACAGCGCGCACAGUGCCACAGGCCCCCGGUGGCACCAUGGACAGCAGCAGUGGCCUGGAAUACCAGUUUCAAUUCCUCGAGAGCCCUGCGAAUUUCCAGCUGAUUCUGUACUUUACGAACGUGGAGGGGCGGGUGAAGCGGGCGGGGGACAUGGUGUUUGAUAUUGUGUUGAACGAGCAGGUGGUGGUUGGCAGAUUUGAUUUGUUUUUGCAGCUGCAAGGGGCGGGCAGGGCGGCACGGGUUGGGCCGAGUGGCGUGGGGGGAAGUGGUGUGAGUGGAAGUGGCGUUGGGGGAAGUGGUGUGAGUGGAAGUGGCGUGGUGGGAAGUGGUGCGAGUGGAAGUGGCGUGGUGGGAAGUGGUGCUGUUGAGGGUGGUGGCGAUGUCACUGCUCAUGCAGCUGCGAUAGGCCUUGCUGCUGCUCCUGCCACUCCCCUUCCUUCUGCUGCUGCUGCAGCUCCGUCCACCCUUCCUAACCCUUCCGCCACAGCUCCUGCACCCGCUCCUCCUCCUUCUUCUGGGAGCAGCAGCAGUGUCAGCAGCAGCACUGAUAGCAGCCUGUACGCGCAGCAGGUGGUGAUGGUGGUGGUGAAUUUUACGAGUGUGGAUCUCUACAUCCCCGCCAUCCUGCUGCUCAGGCCCGUCGCUACCAGCCGCCUGCCGCCAGCCAUCAGCGGCAUCGAGAUGUACGAGGUGUUCCCCGCUGCCAAGCCAACGCCCGCUGAUGAAGGUGAGUCACGAGUCGACUUAGUGAGUGUAUUCUUGAGUUGGCAGUUCACAUUCGAGCUGACUCGCAACAUGGCAAUCAGUGGUGCUGCAGGUCUCCGCCCUGCGCGAAUUCCAAAGGCUGCUGGGGGCGCCAGCGUCUUUGGCCGGGUGGCAGGGGUCGGACCCCUGCAACCCCAUCAAGUGGGCGGGCAUUCAGUGCACUCAGGCGCAGGGGGACAGCGAGUCACACGUCAGCGGCAUGUGAGUGGGGGGGCGGGGAGGUGGGAUUGGAGGAGGAAAAGGGGGAAGGAUGGGAGAGAGAAAGGGAUGGGAGCGCCAAUGUCUCUGGCAGGGUGGCAGGGGUCGGACCCCUGCAACCCCAUCAAGUGGGCGGGCAUUCAGUGCAUCCAGGCACAGGGGGGACAGGGCAUUGCACGUCAGCGGCAUUCUCUCCUCUCCGUUCCCCCCCCGUUCCCCCCCACCAGCUACCUGGGCAACUACAGUCUCCACGGCCCCAUCUCGCCAGCUCUGGCUAACGUCUCUCGCCUCCAACACCUCUGGGUGAACGACAACAACCUGGAGAAUGAGAUUCCCAGCUCUCUUGGCGACCUGGGGGAUCUCUCAACUCUUCAUGUUGGAGUUGCUUCUGAGAAUUCUCACAAGCGGGUCCCAGCUCCCUUAGUCUACGAGUGUUCUGUUCUGCCAGUUUAUAUUUUCUUGCACUCCCUCGCUCCCUCGUUCCGAUGCUCCCUCACUCCCUCUCACCGUCACUCCCUCAGUCCGUUGCUCGCCUUUUCCCCCACUUCCUUGCUCCCUGAUUCUCUUGCACCCUCACUCUGCCGCUGCCCCAAUCCCUCGCUCCCUCUCUCUCCAUUUCCAGCCACAGUUCGUCCCGUCCCCCUGCCAAAAUCAUUCUCGUCCCGCUCUUUUUCCUCACUCCCCUUCUCCUGCCCCUCGUUUAGUCUCCCUCUCUCGGACUCCUUCAACCUUCCUUCGCAGUCUGCGCCUUUGUCACCCACUCCACUCCCCAUCCGGGCUCCCCUCUGUGUUUCCUUCUCUCCUGGAUGCACACUGCAGCAACGUGGCAAACAACAGCCUCACGGGAGUGUUUCCGUUCAACUUGACCACCCAGUUCAUCCAAGUCGUGUAAGUGCCAAAGGGGCACCGGGGCACAGCGCAGGGGCACAAGGGGGAGGACACAGGGGGAACAGGGGGCGCAGGGGCACAAGGGGGAGGACACAGGGGGAACAGGGGGCGCAGGGGCACAAGGGGGAGGACACAGGGGGAACAGGGGGCGCAGGGGCACAAGGGGGAGGACACAGGGGGAACAGGGGGCGCAGGGGCACAAGGGGGAGGACACAGGGGGAACAGGGGGCGCAGGGGCACAAGGGGGAGGGCACAGGGGGAACAGGGGGCGCAGGGGCACAAGGGGGAGGACACAGGGGAAACAGGGGCGCAGGGGCACAAGGGGGAGGACACAGGGGGAACAGGGGGCGCAGGGGCACAAGGGGGAGGACACAGGGGGAACAGGGGGCGCAGGGGCACAAGGGGGAGGACACAGGGGGAACAGGGGGCGCAGGGGCACAAGGGGGAGGGCACAGGGGGAACAGGGGGCGCAGGGGCACAAGGGGGAGGACACAGGGGAAACAGGGGGCGCAGGGGCACAAGGGGGAGGACACAGGGGGAACAGGGGGCGCAGGGGCACAAGGGGGAGGACACAGGGGGAACAGGGGGCGCAGGGGCACAAGGGGGAGGGCACAGGGGGAACAUGGGGCGCAGGGGCACAAGGGGGAGGACACAGGGGAAACAGGGGGCGCAGGGGCACAAGGGGGAGGACACAGGGGGAACAGGGGGCGCAGGGGCACAAGGGGGAGGACACAGGGGGAACAGGGGGCGCAGGGGCACAAGGGGGAGGACACAGGGGGAACAGGGGGCGCAGGGGCACAAGGGGGAGGACACAGGGGGAACAGGGGGCGCAGGGGCACAAGGGGGAGGACACAGGGGGAACAGGGGGCGCAGGGGCACAAGGGGGAGGGCACAGGGGGAACAGGGGGCGCAGGGGCACAAGGGGGAGGACACAGGGGAAACAGGGGGCGCAGGGGCACAAGGGGGAGGACACAGGGGGAACAGGGGGCGCAGGGGCACAAGGGGGAGGACACAGGGGGAACAGGGGGCGCAGGGGCACAAGGGGGCACCGGGGCAGCACAGGGGGCACAGAGGGGGUACAUUCCCCUGUCCCGGGGCGCAGCCGCCAAAUCCCUCUCUUUUCCUUGCUCCCCUCCUUGUCCCUCCUUUUUAUUUCCCUUAUUUCGCCCAUCUCUCCUCCCGCCCGUCCCCUUCUCUCUCUUCCCCCAGUGCCACGGGCAACGACCUCUGCUCCCCCCAGGGCCUUUACGAUCUCCCCAACUGCCGAGCCCACUUGCCCUGAUUCUUUCUUUUCCCCUUACCCGCUCCUAUCUUCCUCCCUGUUCCCCUCCUCCCCCAGUGCCACGGGCAACGAUCUCUGCUCCCCCCAGGGCCUCUACGAUCUCCCCAACUGCAGAUGCCACGUGCCAUUUGCCACUCUCGUGCAGAUUGUUAAGCUCUUUUCUUCCGCUUCUCUCCUUCCCCCCGCUUCCCCCUUCCCCCAGUGCCACGGGCAACGACCUCUGCUCCCCGCAGGGCCUCUACGAUCUCCCCAACUGCGGAGCCCUGCCCCCUCCGCCCCCCCCUCCGUCCUCUCCCCCCGCCCCCCCGCCCGCACCUUCCCCCAUCUCCCCCGCACCCCCUUCCGAGCCGUCCGUUCCCCCCUCUCCCACGGCUGACUCGAGUGCUACUGGGAGAAACGUGCUGGUAGGAUCUGUGGUGGGAUCUCUAGUAGUUGCUGCUAUUGCUUCGGCGCUGGUGGUGUGGAUGUAUUUUAGAGGGGCCAGGAAGGACAGGGAGAAGGGGGAGAGGGGGGAGAAGGAGGAGGGAGAGAAGCGGGGUGAAGUGGCAGCAGCAGGAGGGGGAGGCGGAGGAGAGGGCGGGGAUGGGGACGAGGGAUCGGGGAAAAGAAAUGAUGGUUAUGGUGGGGGGAGUGGAAGAGGAGAGGGUGAGAGCAGAAGGCAGGCUGUUGGUGUGUCACGGAGCAGAUCAAGGGAAGACAGAGGGAGUGAGAGAGGGGGUGAGAGUGGGAGGGACGGGGAGCGGUCGAGAGGGAGAGGAGAAGGAGGGGAAUUCAGUGAUAGGGAGAGAGAUUCCAUGCCUCUUUCCGGACCUAACUCCAGCUCUACCGAGCCUCUGUUGCCCAAUGGGAAUGUAUCCGAGCGUAAGAGUGAUCCCAAUGUGGAAGGUUCUGCUCCUGCCAUCACUGCUACACAUGCAGCCACAGGUGCCGCAGUAGCAGCAGCUACAGCAGCAGCAGCGGAGGUGGCGCACAACGGACAAAAAGCGCCGCCCAACGGGCUGGCGGUGGAGGCGGCGCCGUUCACUGUGCCGUCCACGCACGUACAGCGGAUGAGUCUGGCAGAGCUGGAGGAGGCGACGGGGGGGUUCUGUGAGGAGCAGAUGAUCGGUGCUGGGGGGUUCGGGCCGGUGUAUCGUGGCGUGCUGGCGAAUGGACGGGUUGUGGCUGUCAAACGGCGAGCGGUGGAUUCCAUGCAGGGGUCGACAGAGUUCAAUAAUGAGCUGGAGGAGGCGACGGGGGGGUUCUGUGAAGAGCAGAUGAUUGGAGCAGGCGGCCGCGGGGUUCUAGCGAAUGGGCGGGUGGUGGCGGUGAAGCGACGGGCAGUGGAUUCCAUGCAGGGAUCGACAGAGUUCAAUAACGAGCUCAAGUUUCUGUCCAAGAUCCGGCACCCCCACCUGGUGGCGCUGAUAGCCUUCUGUGAGGAGCAGGGGCAGCAGCUGCUGGUGUAUGAGUUCAUGGCGCAGGGCAACCUGCGCGAGCACUUAUACAACCGGUUGGGAGCGCCAAGGGGGCGUCUGCGGUGGCUGCAGCGCCUCUCCAUUGCUGUUGGUGCUGCCAAAGGCAUAGAGUACCUGCAUGUGGCUCUCCGUCCAUCCAUCAUCCAUCGGGACAUCAAGACCACCAACAUUCUCCUCGACGACAGCCUCUGCGCCAAGGUCGCAGACUUUGGGCUGUCUCGCCUGGGGCCGCAGGACAGCACGCACGUUUCCACCAAUGUGAAGGGCACUGCCGGUUACCUGGACCCAGAGUACUACACGGUGCAGCAACUGACGGAUCGCAGUGAUGUGUUCAGCUUUGGAGUGGUGCUGCUGGAGCUGGUCAGCGGGCGGCAACCCAUCGACCUCAGCCGCCCCCGCGUCGACUGGAACAUCAUUGACUGGCUCCCCUUCUACCCUCCCCUCUGCCGUGACAUCACAGGCACACAAGCAUCUGCAGCAGGGGGACAUAGAGGCAAUAGUCGACCCCACACUGACCCCGUCAGAAGUGGAAGGUGGCCAAAGUGGGCAUUCUCUGUGUUGAGCCCCCAUCAUCCUCCCUCUCACUUCCUCCCUCUGCGUGUUCCCCUAUCCCUCUCUGCUGCUGUGACACCCCAGGCGAGGAAGCACCUGCAGCAGGGGGACAUAGAGGCAAUAGUCGACCCCACGCUCCCCCCUUCGGAAUUUCUCAUAGACGCCAUGUGGAAGGUGGCCGAGGUGGGGAUCCUCUGUGUCGAGCCCAUGGGUAUCAACCGACCGAGUAUCAGUGAGGUGGUGCGGGAACUUGGAGAGGCUGUUGCUAUGGAGUUAUCGAAUACUCCUGCGCCACACGGGGAUUAUAUGAUGCUGAGGAAGGUGCAGCAAGGGGUCAUGUCGCCGCCCGUUCCACAGGAGAAGCGGCAUUUUUCUGCUGAGGACAAGCCGCGGUUCGCCUCGCCUUUCGGGCAGCCUGGGUUUCAGCCGCGGGCAGGCGGCCGAGAUUUCGAGUCUGCCCGAGAGCCUGCGGGGGGGCAUGGUGUGCGGGGGAAUUCGGAAGGAAAGAGGCGGAUGAGUGACGGGGAAGGUGUGGAUUUGAGUACAGGCAGAGAGGAUGUGCGUAUGGUGAGGGGAGAUGUUUCUAUGAGAGAUGACUUGAGGCCAGAUUAUGAGAUGUCUAGGUCUCACGAUGAGCCACUGCAUGAUUCUGGAUUCGAGGUGUCUCGACCGCACGAUUCGGAUUUCGCGCGAUCUCGGCCGCACAAUCUGGUUACCGCCACCGCAUCGUCACUCUCCGCAGUGGAGUUGACUGAAAUGUCUUCUGACUCAUGGCGGGAAACCCCUUCCCUGCCGUUCUUACUGCCUAGCCAGGGGCAGGAGCAGUUGAUUGGUCGGCUUGAUGAGAGGGCAGUGGGGGUUGAACAGACGGAGCAGCGGAAAAUGGCUGUUCUUGCUCAAUCAGCACCGUCACAGUAG